AUGGAGUCCAUGGAUUGGAAAGACAUUAAAAAAUUUGGUCACACAAUUGAAACAUCCGGAUUACUAACCCAUGAAUUAUGUGAACACUACUCAACCACUCAAUGGAUGACUCGACUCAACGAUCUGGUAUUUACGGGCCGGGAGUUCGCGAGUAAACUAACUGUUAGAAAGGCCCGGGUCACAAAAAGGGUCAUAAGGGUGUCACAAAAAGUUGAUGACCGGAGAAAUCGCUCGGAAACUGACAGUGAAAAUGAAUUAUUACUAAUCAUAGCUAACAUAGAGUCCAGCGAUAGGACAGACAUCCAGACAUUUAGUCAGACUAUUGACAAUAACCCGGGUCUCAUAACACUAGAACUACGCGAAUAUUAUUCCGACUCCAAAUGGAUGCCCAGAUUUAGAGACCUGGUCUAUACGGGCCGGAAGUUAACCCCGAAGCUGACCGUACAAAAGGCCCGUAAAAUAAAGUCCAAUAAAUACGGAGAUGUAUACCCUAUGACACGGAGGGUCAGGGGAGUGGCUCUCGAUCCGAUGCCUACCGACUGUCCGAUGUGUUCAGUCAACUCGGACGGACAGGUAGUUCCCGUGGAUACUAUUUUGGGUUAUUUUAAUAACGAUAACUGUCGGGUGCUCUAUAAUAAGCCUAAGAUGUUCUUUGUCAGCGCCUGUAGGGGACAUAAGCCUGACCUUGGUGUGUUGAGACCUUUAGGUAGAAGUCCGGGUGAAAGUUCUGUGAGGGGUUUGUAUGCCACCGGAGGGUCAAUACCUACGUGGAGUGAUAUGUUUGUCUAUUAUUCAACUAUAGAGGGGAUUACACAGGAUAUGACCGCUGGGUAUAGUAAUUGGGUUGAGGGUAGUCCUCAAGAAGAGUGGUAUUCCCGAUCGUGUGUCCAGAUAUCCAUUUCCAGCUAUAAUUACGGCAAAUGGUUUGACGAGCCGUGCAGUCGCCGAGCACUGGUAGUCUGCGAGCGCCGGCAGGAGUGGACUAUUCAUACAUUGAGCACAGCCUUAGAAAACGUGACAAACCUUUUGAGUAGACAACAGGAGGUCAAUGCCAGACAAUGGGAGGUUAUCGAGGAGUUACGUCAAAAUAUGACCUAUAUCAUAUCCCAAUCAAUAGACACAAACAUAAGCAAGGUCGCUAAUGAUCGCGACUUACAAAGCACCGGUAUUCCCAUAGGCUUUAUAUACAUACAGCUGCCCAACCAGUCAGAGCCCAUAAACCUGUGGCCACAGACUAAUUGGUCGGAUGUGACCCAACUAUACUCCGGCCUAUUUUUCAGGGCUGAAGGCGCCGGGUCACUGCCAUUUGGACAAACUCAGCAGGCUAACUAUUCAUCUAUUAUUGCUACCAGUGUCACUUUGAGCGAUGGAGUUGAUGUCACGGAUGAGCGUAUGUAUGCCAUACGCGAGGGUCAAUGGAGUGGUACAUCGGUGACUACUUUUAUGGAGAUAAUGGCCCUCAAUAGCAUCCGGGUCUUUAAGACCAGGGGUGAGAAUCGACCCGUGAAUACGGCCGUAAGGAUAUGGAAACUGGUCGGUUCGUCACAUAAUAUAAGGUUAGGCUUCCGAAGGGCUGUCAACUCGACAGCAAUGGCCAGUCGUUUGCGUUCCCCUCCACUGCACGACUCAACCCUCGUGUCCAUUGUGUCGGCAAUCAUCAGAUCCGACAUAACUGUCCGCACAUUCAUCUCGUGA